AUGGCUUCAGCUUCCAAUGUUUCUGCACAAAUUAGUAGUAUCCCUAUGCUGAAUGGUUCAAACUUUAAAGUUUGGAAAGAUACCGUGGAGAUUGUCCUCGAUUGUAUGGAUCUAGAUACAGCUCUUCGAGAGGAGAAACCCACUUCCACUCCGGAAAAUUUCAAUGAGGUUAAAAUAGAGAAGUGGGAGAGAUCCAAUCGAAUGAGCAUUAUGAUCAUGAAAUGCUCAAUUCCUGAGGUGUUUUCGGGCUCAAUUACUGAGGAUAAAGAUGCCAAACAGUUCCUAAAGGAUGUUGAAAAAUUCUUUACUAAGAAUGAAAAGGCAGAGGCAAGUAGUCUUUUGAGCAAACUUGUCUCCAUGAGGUAUAAAGGUAAAGGGAACAUAAGGGAGUAUAUUAUGGAAAUGUCUCAUCUUGCUUCAAAAUUGAAAGCACUAAAGUUAGAGUUGUUUGAAGAUUUACUCGUGCAUUUCAUUUUGAUUUCUCUUCCUGCACACUUUGGGCAAUUCAAAGUGAGUUAUAACACUCUGAAAGAUACUUAG